AGCAGACGUCUGUUUGCCACUAUCCCUGCCUCAAUACGGAAGCGGUGGGGUACUAGCGGGGGGUCCUACCGCUAGUGGGUGCAGGCCAUGGGGCAGCCCUGGGCGGUGGGGACCGCGGAGGCGGCUCCCGCGCGGCUGCCCCUCGUGCUCACCGCACUUUGGGCCGCGGCGGUGGGCCUGGAGCUGGCUUACGUGUUAGUGCUCGGCCCCGGGCCACCUCCGCUGGGACCCUUGGCCCGGACCCUGCAGGUUGCUCUGGCAGCCUUCCAGCUGCUCAACCUACUGGGCAACGUGGGGCUCUUCCUGCGCUCGGACCCCAGCAUCCGGGGUGUGAUGCUGGCCGGCCGUGGUCUGGGCCAGGGCUGGGCUUACUGCUACCAGUGCCAAAGCCAGGUGCCGCCGCGCAGUGGGCACUGCUCAGCCUGCCGCAUCUGCAUCCUCCGCCGGGACCACCACUGCCGCCUGCUGGGCCGCUGCGUGGGCUUCCGCAACUACCGGCCCUUCCUGUGUCUCCUGCUCCACGGCGCGGGUGUCCUGCUGCAUGCCUCUGUGCUGCUGGGCCCGGCCCUGUCGGCCCUGCUGCGAGCCCACACACCCCUCCAUACUGCCGCCCUGCUCCUGCUGCCCUGGCUCAUGUUGCUCACAGGCAGAGUGUCUUUGGCACAGUUCGCCCUGGCCUUUGUGACUGACACGUGCGUGGCGGGCGCGCUGUUGUGCGGGGCCGGACUGCUCUUCCAUGGGAUGCUGCUGCUCAGGGGCCAGACCACGUGGGAGUGGGCUCGGGGCCAGCACGUGUACGACCUGGGCCCCUGCCACAACCUGCAGGCAGCUCUGGGGCCCCGCUGGGUCCUCGUCUGGCUCUGGCCCUUCCUGGCCUCCCCAUUGCCGGGGGACGGGAUCACCUUCCAGACCGCAGCCGACGUGGGACUCAUGGCUUCCUGACUCCAGGAAGCGCCCGAGCUUGUGCAAGCUGCAUAAGGCAAGGAGAGGGGACUUGUAAUUCAUUUCAGGCCCACCCCCACCCCCAGCCUCAGAGGGAGGCAGGCUGGUACUUGAUGCCUGCUUUCAGCAACUCCCAUCACCACCCUUGGGCUUGCCCAUGCCCAGCUUGGACUCCUAGGGGCCAGGGCUUGGGCCCUGCGAUUCAGCCUCUGUCAGUGGCCCCUGAGGACUGUGAAAGGUCUGGCAAGGGGCUGCUCGGCCUGCCUGGCUGCCCCAUCGCCAGGUUAAUAAAGUGCCCACUUGGUUCUGGAACUCCCUCCAGCUUUGUGGGUUUUUGGUCCUCCUCCGUGGCCCGGGCUGUUGUUUUUGUUUCCUUUGACUGUCAGGCCUGGGAACCACAAAAUGCCUGAGGGUGUGAGGAUCCAGAGCUCUGCCUCCUGUGGCCUUGGGGCAGGGGGGCUGGGGAGUCAGGGUACAGCAGGCUAAGACAGAAUGUAGUGGUCCAUGGGUAUGAGAACCCACACUUCUUCCCAGGUUGAGUGCUUUAUAGUGAGGAGCUUGUCAGCAGCCACAACCUCACUGAACUUGUCUCCAGCUAACCCAGUACCCUGGGCAGCAAUUAUGCCAGUGAAGAACGUUAAUGCUCUGAGGGGUGAUGUGAUAAGAUUUCACGGGGUAGUAAAUGGAGGAGUCCAGUUAUGAACCCA